AUGCCAUCAGUCUACGGAGAAAGAUUGACCACAUUUGAGGAUUCUGAGAAGGAGAGCGAGUACGGUUAUGUUCGUAAGGUGUCAGGGCCAGUCGUGGUCGCAGAUGGCAUGGCUGGUGCUGCAAUGUAUGAAUUAGUCCGUGUUGGACAUGAUAAUUUGAUUGGUGAAAUAAUUAGGCUGGAAGGAGAUUCUGCAACAAUCCAAGUUUAUGAAGAAACUGCAGGUCUGAUGGUUAAUGAUCCUGUUCUACGGACACGCAAGCCUCUAUCAGUUGAGUUGGGACCGGGAAUAUUGGGAAACAUUUUUGAUGGAAUUCAGAGGCCUUUGAAAACUAUUGCAAAAAGAUCUGGUGAUGUCUAUAUUCCUCGUGGUGUAUCAGUACCAGCCCUUGACAAAGAUACACUCUGGGAGUUUCAGCCUAAAAAAAUAGGUGAGGGAGAUCUUCUUACUGGAGGAGACUUGUAUGCUACUGUCUUUGAGAAUAGCUUGAUGGAACACCAUGUUGCUCUUCCUCCUGAUGCCAUGGGGAAGGUUGUUUACAUUGCAGAACCUGGUCAAUAUUCCCUUAAGGAUACUGUUCUGGAGCUUGAAUUUCAGGGUGUGAAGAAGCAAUUCACCAUGCUUCAGACUUGGCCUGUCCGUACACCAAGGCCUGUGGCAUCAAAGCUUGCUGCUGAUACACCUUUACUUACUGGACAGCGGGUUCUUGAUGCCCUUUUCCCCUCAGUUCUUGGUGGAACCUGUGCCAUUCCUGGGGCAUUUGGUUGUGGAAAAACUGUCAUUAGUCAAGCUCUUUCUAAGUACUCAAAUUCGGAUACUGUUGUUUAUGUUGGUUGCGGUGAGCGAGGAAAUGAAAUGGCAGAAGUUCUUAUGGACUUCCCACAAUUGACAAUGACAUUACCUGAUGGGCGUGAAGAAUCCGUUAUGAAGCGUACCACACUUGUGGCCAACACUUCUAACAUGCCUGUGGCUGCUCGUGAGGCUUCAAUUUAUACGGGAAUUACUAUAGCUGAAUAUUUUAGAGAUAUGGGCUACAAUGUUAGUAUGAUGGCAGAUUCAACCUCUCGCUGGGCAGAAGCAUUGCGUGAGAUCUCUGGACGUUUGGCCGAAAUGCCUGCUGAUAGUGGAUAUCCUGCUUAUCUAGCAGCACGUUUAGCUUCAUUUUAUGAACGCGCUGGUAAGGUAAAGUGUCUUGGUGGGCCAGAGCGUACUGGUAGUGUCACAAUUGUUGGUGCUGUUUCUCCUCCUGGUGGAGAUUUCUCAGAUCCUGUGACAUCUGCAACUCUUAGUAUCGUCCAGGUUUUCUGGGGGCUAGACAAGAAACUUGCCCAGAGGAAGCAUUUCCCUUCUGUAAACUGGCUUAUUUCCUACUCAAAGUACUCAUCGGCAUUAGAGUCUUUCUAUGAGCAGUUUGAUCCAGAUUUCAUUAACAUUAGGACCAAGGCCAGGGAGGUGUUGCAGAGAGAGGAUGACCUGAAUGAAAUUGUCCAACUUGUAGGAAAGGAUGCUUUAGCUGAAGGAGAUAAAAUUACCCUUGAAACUGCCAAGCUUUUGAGGGAGGACUAUCUUGCUCAGAAUGCAUUUACCCCAUAUGACAAGUUCUGUCCUUUUUACAAGUCUGUAUGGAUGAUGCGGAACAUCAUUCAUUUCUAUAAUCUGGUUAAUCAGGCGGUGGAGAGAGCAGCUGGGAUGGAUGGACAGAAGAUAACAUACAGUCUUAUUAAGCAUCGAUUGGGAGAUCUGUUUUACCGGCUAGUGUCCCAGAAAUUUGAGGAUCCUGUAGAAGGUGAAGAGGCUCUUGUUGCAAAGUUCAAGAAGCUGCACGAGGAUCUGACUGCUGGUUUCCGUGCGCUGGAGGAUGAAACUCGAUGAAAGUAAUCGAGGUUUUUGUUUGUAAAAUCCUGGUGGCAGGUGUAAUCAUCUAUGGGGACAGCAACGGUUGAUUUGGUCUGCUUGUUUGAGUGUAUGAUGGAGCUGAGUUGGUAGGAUAUAAUGGAUUACUUGGUAGUGUUUGGUUGGGUUCAUUUAUUUUAGAUGAAGAGUUGAUACAAGUGGGUUUCACUUCACUGUGUAACAGUGUUAAUCUUGCCGGUUACGGUUGCGUUUUUUGACAAUAAUAAUGGGACGAAAAAUUGUCAAAUUAUUUUUGUUGUAUUUAUGAAAAUAAGCUAUGUAUUCAUUAUUGAAUCAUUUGUUGGUAUUGGGUCUUGUUCUUUGAA